AUGUCUUCCUCUCAUUUGUUCAUCAUACUCCUAGGAGUGGUAUUUCUCACCACUCAAACCCUUGCCGAUUACUAUAAGCCACCAGAGCAUGAGCAUAAGCCGGAGGCUCCUCAAUACAAGCCACCCCCGGUUGUAAAGCCGCCGCCAACCCCGGUUUAUCCGAAACCUCCACAUCAUGGAGCGAAGCCUAAGGCACCACUAACCCCGGUUUAUCCUAACCCUCCACAUCAUGGAGAGAAGCCUAAGCCUCCGGUUUACCAGAAACCUCCACAUGUAGAGAAGCCUAAACCGCCACCAACCCCGGUUUACCAGAAACCUCCACAUGUAGAGAAGCCUAAGCCGCCACCAACCCCGGUGUAUCCGAAACCUCCACAACAUGAAGAGAAGCCUAAGCCACAACCAACCCCGGUGUCUCCGAAACCUCCACAACAUGAAGAGAAGCCUAAGCCACAACCAACCCCGGUGUAUCCGAAACCUCCACACCAUGAAGAGAAGCCUAAGCCACCACCAACCCCAGUUUACCCGAAACCUCCACAAGUAGAGAAACCAAAGGCGCCCCCAACACCGGUUUACAAAAAGCCCCCAUACGGAGAGAAUCCCAAGCCUGAGCCCAAGCCCAAGCCCGAACCAAAACCGAAAGCUCCAACUCUACCACCUAAAGUGGUGAAGCCACCAUAUGUAAAACCACCGGUAUCCCCAUCGCCAGUGCACAAGCCGCCGCCUUACGGUCACUACCUGGGACAACCUCCUUACGAGAAGCCCCCAACUGGACCCUACCACAAGCCACCGAAUCCCGGUCAUCCGAACUGA